CGAUUUUGUGGUUCAGUGCGCGAUCUUCAGCGCGCGACAGUAUUGUAGCAGACUUCCAGCGGAGAGGCAACUCGCACAUCGUAGGACGUCAUGGAUUCGCUAGCACGUGGUUUGCUGCCCUACCGGGAUGUGAUCGGUAAUGUGGCCGGCAUGCUGACCGUGGCCCAGUUCCUGAGUGGGUGCUUCACGUGUAACAAUAUCCGACUUAAGGGCACUUCCGAGGGAUUUUCCGCGCUGCAGUUUGUGCUGGGAUGUGGACUGACGGCCCUCCAGCUGCGGUACUCCCAGAUGGUCGGUGCCGUGGCCAUGAUCCGGACCAGUGCGUACGCGUUCGCGAUCUGCGCCGUGUAUUCGGUGUGGUUCGCGGCGUACACACCACGUGGCCCACGGCGAUCGGAGCUGUGGCAGCUGGUUCUGCGGACGGUGCUGGUCGUGGGCGGGAUUCUGCUGUAUGCCGGAUUUGAACAACCCUCGAAGGUGGAGUACCGGUUCGGGUUGGUGGUGACCGGACUAACGCUGGGGUACAUCGGACUGCCGCUGCUGAAGUUGGGCGAAGUGAUUCGACGUCGCAGCACCGAGGGAUUGCCCCUGCCGGUGAUUCUGGCCAGCAGCGGCGCCUCGGUCCUGUGGCUGCUGUACGGCAUCAUCCUGCACAACUACUUCAUCAUUGUUCAGAAAGUGAUUGCCAUCGGGCUGUGCACGGCACAGUUGUCACUGUUUGUGAUUUAUCCACGGUCCAGCGCCCCCAAAGCAGCAGCCGCGACGAAAGCCGGAGGACGACGGACGAAGCGAGAUUGAAGUCAUGAGGGUUGAACGGUUUCCUAGAUAGAGUAAAUAAAUUGCUUAGAACGAU